AUGGAUCCCUCUACGGCUUCUACUCCAUGGGGAGACUUGGGACGAUUGUCAGGUGAGCUCCGAGAAAAGAUAUACCAAGAGUGUGUGAGACAACGCUCUGCUCCAGCGCUGACUCGUGCCAGUCGUGCCAUCCACCACGAACUCGACCACUACCAAUACGAAGACUAUGUGCUGAUCUUUGAUCUGAAUGUCGGCCCCGAGAUGCCUGCGGUGUCUGUACACGGGUCGUCGUCGUCAGGAGGGUCGGAUUCCACACAUAUCACAUCUAUCGACCUUCGUUCUCAUCAUGCUCGAGACUUGGACGAGACACCAGCGAUCCCUUUUGAACGAUUCAAGGCCAUCCACAUCAACGUCCACUGUCCCGACGCCGGAGACCCAGGGCAGCUAAUCCAGGGAUACCAACAAGUCACUCGGUUUCUGGAUUGGCUGCUACCCCAAUGGGCCGAACGUGGAGCGGUGCCUCGAGGACCACACGACAUCUUCCCUGCCCGAUGCAACACCAGCCUCAACUUACCGCAUGUGCAUCUUCGGUUCGCCGGAUCAGGAUGGACAUGCACCGGCCCCGGAGACAGAAAAGGAUUCCAGCAUAGCAUCCAUGGGCCGCGGGCCGACCAUCUACUGUCCCGUAACCGAGACAACAUCUACGCGCUGAGUUUCCAGGAGGGUGACCUGAUGGUGUUGAUGAUGCCGUUCCGCCGCAUACGCCACGCUCGUUCCCUGGCCGUCGAACUGCCUCGUGAAGUCGGCGCUCUCGGUCUCGCAGCAGCCGGCCCAGCCUUGCAAGGCCUGAUGGAACAGCUGCCCAGACUGGCCCGCUCGCACACCGACUUCGGGCUCAAUUGGGACUCGGACUCGUUCAUCAUGAGCGACGAGAACAAAUGGCACACGUGGCUGAACUUUCGUCUGGAAGCCCUGUCAGCUAAGACUGCAGCACAGCUCCGACGCACCCAGCUCUACUAUUGGUGUGACUACUACGCCACCGCUGUCAUCCCCAUGUAUCGCACUGGAAUCCACGAUCUGCAGCGUAACGCCGUCUUUGGCACGCAGCGCAACUUCACCCGCCGACAAAUCAAAGAUAUCAAUUGGAUGAUCACCCUCCACUCCAGAUACGUGUUUGACUCCGAUCCUACCGUCGCUCUGGCCGACUUGGAGCAUGAGCCGGUUCAGAUGUCGUUUGAUCAGUUCUUUCCCGACGGCAUUCCUGCUGCCAUGACCCUAGAACGUUUGGUGUGGAUGUUGGAGGCCAUUAAUGCAAUGCCCGAGAACCCGCCGCCGAGAACACACAAUAUACUGAGUUGUCCCGGGUGUCGAAGAUACCGUGAGCAUCAACAAGAGAGACGGGAGACAUUGGUCGGAAAUGUAGAUCUAGAGAACUCUAGCUGA